CCCCCCCCCCCACUGUCCCUUGGAUCUCUCUCCCCUUACUACGUCCUCUCACAACCCUCUCUCUCUAACUGGCCCUUUCACAACGGUUUCUCUCUCUACAACUUAUUCUCCCUCCAAACCAAAAUUCUCUCUUUACGUAUAUUCUCUAUGUCUUUCCCUAGGCAUAUUUCUCCUUCCUCUGUACAUCACCCUCUACCUUUCCUCCCAACUGCGCCCUUCCCUUUCUCUUUCUCUCUCUACAACUGUUUCUCUCUGUAAGACCGACCACAACUCUUUCUCUCUCUACAACUCUUUAUCUCUCUAAAUUGCGGUAGGUCAGUCAACAGUGUAUAUAAAGAGAGAGGCCUCUUUGUUUUGGUGCAGAGACAAAACCAAGAAACUCGAGCGAGGGAAAAGCAACAGAGUUAGAAAACAAUGGAUUUUGGUAUUCCCAGAGAGCUCUCAGAUCUGCAAAAGGAGCGCACUCUCUACCAACCAGUUCCGCCCCCUUGCCUUCAGGGAACUACUGUGAGAGUGGAAUUUGGUGAUGGCACUACUACUGCAGAUGCCUCUGAUGCUCACACCAUCAGCCGCUCGUUUCCCCUCACAUAUGGGCAGCCUCUGGUUCACUUUUUGAGAGCAACUGCCCAGGUUCCUGAUGCAAAAAUCAUACAAGAGCAUCCAGUGAUCAGGGUUGGAGUCGUAUUCAGUGGGAGGCAAUCUCCAGGGGGGCAUAAUGUUAUUUGGGGCCUUUAUGAUGCCAUUAAAUGCCACAAUCCAAAUAGCACUUUACUGGGAUUUGUUGGGGGCACCGAUGGUUUAUUUGCACUGCAAACCUUGGAAGUCACGGAGAAGGUUCUCUCAACAUAUAAAAAUCAAGGUGGUUAUGAUAUGCUUGGUCGAUCAAAAGAUCAGAUAAGAACAACCGAGCAAGUAAAUGCUGCAUUGGCUGCAUGCCAGGCUUUGAAGUUGGACGCCCUUGUCAUAAUUGGAGGCGUCACAUCCAAUACCGAUGCGGCACAACUUGCUGAGACUUUUGCAGAGAAAAAGUGCCCAACAAAGGUUGUAGGAGUGCCUGUUACUUUAAAUGGCGAUCUAAAGAACCAGUUUGUUGAAACAGAUGUUGGUUUUGAUACCAUAUGCAAGGUGAAUUCACAACUAAUUAGUAAUGUUUGCACGGAUGCUCUAUCGGCAGAGAAGUAUUAUUACUUUAUUCGACUGAUGGGUAGAAAGGCAUCUCAUGUUGCACUGGAAUGCACUCUGCAAUCGCACCCCAAUAUGGUCAUCCUUGGUGAGGAGGUUGCUGCAUCAAAGCUGACUCUUUUUGACUUGACAAUACAAAUUUGUGAUUCAGUUCAAGCCAGAGCAGAACAAAACAAAUAUCACGGGGUUAUCCUUUUGCCGGAGGGGCUGAUAGAAAGUAUACCUGAGGUCUACGCACUCUUGCAGGAAAUUCAUGGCUUGCAUAAGCAAGGUGUUUCUGUGGAGAGCAUGUCUUCCCAGCUUUCACCUUGGGCAUCUGCCUUGUUCGAGUUUCUUCCACCCUUUAUCAGGAAACAGCUUCUCCUCCAUCCUGAAUCAGAUGACUCAGCUCAGUUAUCCCAGAUUGAAACAGAGAAACUCUUAGCUCAAUUAGUGGAGGAUGAGAUGAACAAGAGAUUGAAAGAAGGGACAUAUACUGGGAAAAAAUUCAAUGCAAUCUGUCACUUCUUUGGCUACCAGGCUCGGGGUUCUUUGCCUUCAAAGUUUGACUGUGACUAUGCCUAUGUUCUUGGGCACGUCUCCUAUCAUCUUAUUGCUGCUAACUUGAAUGGUUACAUGGCAACUGUGACCAACUUGAAAAAUCCUGUCGCCAAGUGGCGAUGUGGUGGAGCUCCUAUAACGGCAAUGAUGACUGUGAGGAGAUAUGCACGUGGUCCUGGGGUCAUUCCAAUUGGAAAACCUGCUGUCCAUCCUGCUACUGUAGAUUUGAGAGGCAAAGCAUAUGAGUUGCUGAGACAAAAUGCAGUGAGCUAUUUGACGGAUGAUAUCUAUAGAAACCCUGGACCUCUUCAGUUUGAAGGACCUGGCUCUGAUGCAAAACCCAUUAGCCUGUGUGUUGAGGAUCAAGACUACAUGGGCAGGAUUAAAAAGUUGCAGGAAUAUCUCGACAAGGUGAAAAGCAUUGUGAAGCCAGGAUGCUCCCAGGAUGUUCUCAAAGCCGCUUUGAGUGCCAUGUCCUCAGUCACAGAUAUCCUCUCUGUUAUGACAGCCCCUUCUUUUAGCAGCCAGACCCCCUUUUAACUCUUGGUAAAAAAAUAUUCUUGACAAAGGGCCCCUUGUCUCUCAAGUUCCGGCUUUUUAUUUUAAUCUAUUUUUAAAAAUUUUACUUUUGUCGUUAAUCUUCAGUGUGUUUAUCAUGAAUUAUCUGAGAGAUAUUGAGAAUCAGAUUAAUAAUUAUGCGAGUUUUAGGAUUUAGAUGUACACUGAGUACAAAUGUGAGAGUAGCAAUAAACUGCAUAUAUUUGUAUUGUCUUAAGCAUAUGAAUUAGAAUGAGACUUAUUCUAGUCUCUUUUUUGACAGAAUUCACAAAAUUUAUAUGAUGCCAUGCUUUGGUUCUUAGAUGAAAA